CAAACUUAGUGAUGUUUUUUAUACAGAACAAGAAUCUUAGCGAUAAUCUAUAUCUUUAGGUCUGUCCAUAACUCCCAUACUUGUGUCAUCUGUUGGAUAUUCUAAUUCUGAAUUGCAGAGCCAUUCACGGCCUUAUUGAGACUUGGUCAAGGGUGCUUCAUUGUUUUUACCCCAAUUUUCUAAAUUUAGCUUCUUUUAGGAUAAUAAUGGUUUUAUCUUACCUUUUCUUCUAUAACCUCUCUUCUCUUUCCUUCUCCCUCUACCCAUUCGCUUCAAGAGGCAGGGCAUUUGGGAGUGCUUUUACUUUUCUGCCCUGCAUAAUAUGAGUGCUUGAUUCUUCUAUCCUUCGCUUCAACUCCUCGACAUAACAAGUAGCAACAGAAAUCAACGUAAUGUCCGCCGCACCUGUGUCUGCUGGGAAUGGUUCGUUUAAGCAGAAAGCAAUGAAUGCCUCAAACAUUCUUAGAAAUUCUUUGGCAAGAAAGGGCAGGCGGAGUAGCAAGGUCAUGUCUGUUGAAAUUGAGGAUGUGCACGAUGCUGAGGAGUUGAAAGCUGUUGAAGAGUUCCGUGAAGCUCUUAUAGCGGAUGAUCUCCUCCCUGCAAAGCAUGAUGACUAUCAUAUGAUGCUUAGAUUCCUGAAGGCCAGGAAAUUUGAAGUCGAUAAAUCAAAGCUGAUGUGGUCUGAUAUGCUGAAAUGGAGGACGGAAUUUGGUGCUGACACUAUUGGGGAGGAAUUUGAAUUCAAGGAAAUUGAUGAAGUAUUGAAAUAUUAUCCACAAGGACAUCAUGGAGUAGACAAAGAAGGACGACCUGUGUACAUAGAAAGAUUAGGACAAGUCGAUGCUGCCAAGAUGAUGCAAGUCACAACCAUGGAUCGCUAUAUCAAAUACCAUGUAAAGGAGUUUGAGAGGACAUUUGAUAUAAAGUUUGCAGCUUGUUCCAUUGCUGCCAAGAAACACAUCGAUCAAAGUACGACUAUCCUGGAUGUGGAGGGAGUGGGGCUUAAAAGCUUCAACAAACAUGCUAGGGAACUUGUUACUCGCAUUCAGAAGAUUGAUGGUGACAACUAUCCAGAGACCUUGAAUCGCAUGUUCAUCAUCAAUGCAGGUUCUGGAUUUAGAAUACUAUGGAACACCGUAAAAUCCUUCCUUGAUCCCAAGACCACAGCAAAAAUCCAUGUUCUUGGCAACAAGUAUGAUACUAAGUUGCUUGAAGUAAUUGAUGCAAGUGAGUUGCCUGACUUUUUAGGAGGUACAUGUACAUGUGCUGAUCAAGGAGGAUGUAUGCGUUCGGAUAGGGGACCAUGGACAGAUGCAGAUAUAUUGAAGAUGGUUCAGAAUGGUGCUCACAAAUGUUCAAGAAAAUCUGAGUCUCAUGUUGAGGAAGAUAACACAAUUUCCGAGGAGGAUCACAAUGAUUCUAAGUUGGAGGAAAAUCUCACCUCACAGGUUUCUCCAAUUUGUGAAGAGGUCCCUGCUACUAAAGUUUCUAAGCAAGAGGAUUUAAUCCCCGUGGAUGAUAAAACAACUGCUGAGAAAAAAGUUGACCUAAUCACCGUGGAUGAUAAAAAAGCUUCUCAGAAAAAAAUUGACGUGAGUGACCCCAUGGCAACAUCAACAGAGUUUAUGACCGUCAUGAAACGCAUGACUGAGUUGGAGCAGAAAAUGACAAACAUUAAUCAUACGCCUGCUUUAAUGCCACCUGAGAAGGAGGAAAUGCUAAAUAAUACUAUUAGUCGAGCUGAUUUAUUGGAAAAACAACUCAUGGACACCAAGAAGGCUUUAGAGGAUUCACUGGCUAAGCAAGAGGAGAUUUCGGCUUAUGUUGAGAGCAAAAAGCAGAAUAAAAGAACAUGUUUUUGUUUCUGGUAAGUUAGAAAUUGUGGAUGCUCAACAAAGUAUAAUGUCCAGAGAUUAGCAGGGGAUUGAUUUUUCAUAUUCUGCCUUUCAAGAGACUUCCCAAAUGCCCUUUUACAUAAAAUGUUCCAACAUGUGAACUAAUUUACAAAACAACAAAGAAAAGGAUAUGUUCAAUAUAUGAUUUAUGCUAAUCAGAAUUUUUGUGUUUA